GCCCCAGGGAAGGAGGAAGGAGGGUGGCCGUCUGCAGAGCUCAGGUUCUAGCUGGUGGUGAGCGGGGGUGGGGCCUGAGGUCAGGCUUAGAAAGAACAGGAUGUCUGUAUUGGGGAGGAAGGCAGAAGACAGUGCCAAAGACCUGCUCCCGGCUGGGCCCCAGCUCCUCCCCACCUGCCCAGUCCCCAGAGCCCCUCCCUGGCUUCCCAGCUACAGAUCCACUGGGGCUGGGCUCCAGAUCUCUUCACCAUGCCACCAGUGGUCAGUGGCGCCGAUCGCUUGCUCUGCCUUCUCCUCCUGCUCCUGGCCCCCCACAACUCUGAGGGGGACCAUCCUCCUCAGCGAAGGUUCGAAUACAAGUUCAGUUUCAAAGGACCAAGGCUGGCAUUGCCUGGGGCUGGAAUACCUUUCUGGAGCCAUCACGGAGAUGCCAUCCCAGGCCUGGAAGAAGUGCGGCUGGCCCCAUCUUUGCGGAACCAGAGUGGCGCUGUAUGGAGCAGGGCACCUGUCCCCUUUUCCGCCUGGGAGGUGAAGGUGCAGAUGCGGGUGACAGGGCCUGGGCGCCAGGGUGCCCGGGGCAUGGUUGUAUGGUACACCCGAGACAGGGGCCAGCUAAACUUCGGCCUGGGAGCCCUGGCCUCAUGGGAUGGCAUUGGGAUCCUGUUCGACUCCUCAGCUGAGAACACCCUGAACAGCCCUGCCGUCCGUGUGCUGGCCAGUGAUGGACACACCCCCACACAGUCACUCGGGAAUGAAGCCAGCCAGGUGCUGGGCUCCUGCCAUCAGAACUUCCGGAACCGACCGUACCCUUUCAGAACACGGAUCACCUACUGGGGGCAAAGACUGCUCGUGUUCUUGAGCAGCGGACUGACUCCCAAUGACCCAGAGGAACUCUGUGUUGACGUGGGACCCGUGAUUUUGGCCCCUGGAGGUUUCUUUGGGAUCUCAGCAGCCACCAGCACAUUGGCAGAUGACCAUGAUGUCCUGUCCUUCCUGACGUUCAGUCUGAGUGAGCCGGCCCCAGAGGUUUUCCCCCAGCCCUCGUUGGAAAAGGAGCAGCUCCGCCUGGCUGGCCAGCUGGAGGUGUUGCGGGCAAGGCUGGCCCUGGGCUCCAAAGAGGACAUGAUUCCAAAGUUGCAUUCUGAAGCCCUGGAAGAGGGGGAAAGGGUCUUCGACCUGGAGGAGACCCUGGGCAGACACAGCCAGACCCUGCAGGCGCUGCAUGCCAUCUCUGAGCAGUUGGUGCAGGCUGAGAGAAAGUGGAAGCAGCAGCUGGGGUCCUCAGGCCAGAUCAGGCCUGGAGAAGCCUGGGUGAGUCACCCCUCGGCAUCCAAGUCCCCAUCUGCAGUCCUGGCCAGGCAAGCUCCCUGGGCACUCAGUCUGUUGGCAGCUGUGGGCCCCCUCUGUGCAGAAAGAGGCACAAGCAAGCACCACACUUGGGAACUAGUCUCACCAAGACUGAAUAGGACCUGGCAAACAGAGGAACAGGCAAGGGGAGCUCUGUGCAAGCAAACACUCCAGGAGAGGCGCCAGGUCUGUAGACGAUACAAUAGACCGGGAGCUAAUUCGCAGGUGCUCCACGACUCUUCCAAGGUCAGCGCCCUGCUCCAUGCACAGCAGACUCUGCUCCAGGACCUCCAGGAGAUGAGGGAUGCAGCUGCCCACAUGGCCUCAAGAGCCCAGGUCUUCUACUUACCUGUGGGCACCAAGCACCACUUCCUAGAGUUGACCCAGAUCCUGAGCCACCUGCAGAAGGAACUUAGGGGCCCGGUGAAAGCAGCAGCCAAGAACCCCCGCCCACCAGGCCGGCUCCCAGGGGCCUCCUCAUGCCUGCAGCCGGGCAUCUUCGUCCUCUGCCUCCUCAUCCAGACUGCAGCCUUGUUCUGCUACGUGCACCUCAGGCAGGAUCUGGAUGUGAGCCUUCGGGACUAUCUGUCCAUGUGCCGCCUUCCUCUGAGUUCAACACCACAGAUCCCUAGAGCUCUGGGGGCUCUGAGGAGGCAGCCCCACUCCUCCAGCCUGCAUGCGUGACCCACCCCAAAGCCCUAAAGCCACUCACUUCUCAUCACUAUGAAAUGAACGGGGUCUGAGUGUAGGGGGCUUGGCCAGUGUCCUCUGAAGACCUCUGUGUGCCCAAUUCCUAUCCAUACCCUAGCUGGUGGAGAGCUCCCCUCUUAUUAAAAAAUAAGGUGAUUUCCCUUCCCCCAUGCUUUGACACGUUCAUUUGCCUUCUAGUGUUUCCUUAAUCUCUCUGAAGGCUUCCACCUCCUCUGGGUAGGAGGUGGGCACCAAGCAGGCAAGGAAAUCUAAAGCCCAGAUGCUCAAGCUUUGAGCCUUAGACUGUUGCCCUAAAGGGAGUCACAGCUGUGUGUAAUUCUUCCUCUGACACAAGGAGUGGUGUGCUAAGUGCCCUUUCUCCCAGAUGAAGGCCAGACACCAGGGAGAAGGAAGAGGAGAAGGAAGCAGCGUUCUAGGAACGCAUCAGCUCAGUGUCUUCCUCUGGGAGUACCCCUACAUGCCCUAAUCCCUAGUCAGCAGGGCCCAGCAGAGCUUGGCAUUGCGGGAGGCACGAGGGGGAGGCGGGAGUGUGGAGCAGGCACGUGGUCCUGCCGGUUCAGCCCCGUGCUGGUUUC